UUUCAAGUUCAUUGUUUAUAUAUCCUUCAGGUUCAAAACGUGGUUACUUUCUCGCGUGCUCACCUAGGUGUAACAAAUGUAACAAAUUGCCUCCGAGACUAAAGAGUUGCUUGCUCGUUCUCAUUAAACCAUGUUUUCACGAUCUUCACUUAGGCAUCAGCAAUCGUCACUUAUCUUAGAGCACGAUACUGAAGAAACAAAGAGACUCGAAGAAGCCCGGCUUGGAAAGAAGGAUUGGAGACGUUGGGGACCUUAUUUGGGAGAAAGACAGUGGGGAACAGUGCGAGAGGACUAUUCUGAGGAUGGCAAAAGCUGGGAGUAUUUUAAUCAUGACCAAGCCAGAUCAAGGGCUUACCGGUGGGGAGAGGAUGGUCUUCUUGGGUUCACAGACGAUGUAUGCCAUCUGUGCUUUGGACUGGCUUUGUGGAAUGAAAAAGAUCCCAUUUUGAAAGAAAGAUUUUUUGGAUUGUCCCCAAAAGAAGGUAACCAUGGUGAGGAUGUGAAAGAGUGCUACUAUUACCUUGAUUCUACACCUACUCACUCGUACAUGAAAGCACUGUACAAAUAUCCACAGAACCAAUACCCUUAUCAAUGGCUGGUGGAAGAAAACCAGAGAAGAUCAAGACAUGAACCUGAGUUUGAACUUAUGGACACUGGGGUGUUUAAUGACAAUCGUUACUGGGACAUUGAUAUCGAGUAUGCCAAAAGCACUCCUAACGACAUCCUAAUCAACAUUGUCGUCACAAACCGUGGACCUGACACAGCAAGGAUACAUGUUUUACCAACUUUAUGGUACAGAAACACAUGGAUAUGGGGCUGUAAACAUGAUGGCUGGACUGGUAAACCUGGAAUAGUACAGACAAGUCCAGGAUCUGCUGAAUGCUUUCAUGAAGGAUAUGGUAGAUUCAUGUUUGUUGCUGAUAACGGUCCUGAUAAUAAAGAGCCAUCAAUGAUGUUAACAGAAAACGAAACCAACACUUGGCAUUUAUUCAAUGGAUGUCCUAACUACACACGGUAUGUGAAAGACGCGUUCCAUCGCUACGUCAUCAAUGGCGAGGAGAAUGCCAUCAGUCAACAGAAACGAGGAACCAAAAUGGCCGUACAUUACAUCCUUGAAAUUCCACCAUGUGGACAUGAAGUCAUUCAAUGUCGGUUGAUGGCAGAAGAUGAGGUUGUAUCUACCCCAUUUUCGGAAAGAUCAUUUGGCUCAGUCUUGGCAAAACGAAGGAAAGAAGCGGAUAACUUUUUUAAGUUUGUCAUUCCAGAAUCUUUCAGUCCAAAAGAGCGCACAAUCUGUCGCCAAUCGUAUGCAAACUUGCUUUGGAAUAAACUGUUUUAUAACUACAUUGUACGAGACUGGUUGGAAGGCGAUGAAGAUAUGCCUACACCUCCCUUCAGUAGAUUACAUGGCAGGAAUUCAGGCCUUGAAUGGGGAAGCUUUCAUAGUCGUGAUAUCGUGUGUGUACCUGAUAAGUGGGAAUAUCCCACGUUUUCAUUGUGCGACCUCUCUCAAAACAUGCUUGCUAUGGCCAAAGUUGAUCCAGAUUUUGCUAAGAACCAGUUGCUUUUAAUGCUACACGAACGGUUCAUGACUGCUAACGGUCAGGCACCUGAUAGCGAGUCUAAUCUGGACGCCGUCCAUCCACCCCUGAUUGCCCUGGUCUGCCAUCGAGUAUACACGAUGACUGGCAGAAAAGGACAUCGCGACUUGUCGUUUUUGACCAGAUGUUUUCACAAACUGCUUGUUAACUUUACUUGGUGGUGCAAUCGAAAAGAUGACUUUGGUAAAACCAUAUUUGGUGGAGGCUUGGUUGGAYCAACCCUUGCAUCAUGUUCUGGGUCUUCAUUAGAAGGCAAGGUUCUUGAAGGAAGUAAACAGCUUGUUGUUCAGGUGGAUGGGCCGCUAUGGAUGGCUUUCUACUGUUUAAGAAUGUUAGAGAUGGCGCUCGACCUCGCCUUGUGYGAUCCAUCAUAUGAAGACAUGGCUUGCAAGUUCUUGGAACAUUUCAUUCAAAUCUCCGACAGCAUAAAUGGAGUUGGAGGAAGCUUUAACCUGUGGGAUGCGGAGGAAGGUUUCUUCUACAAUCACGUGCUCGUUAAUACGUUUGACGAAUCAAAAAGGGCAUUGCGCACGCGUUGUAAGUCGGGACUUAUUCCAUUGGUGUGUUGCGUUGUCGUUGAAGAUGAACACAUCGAAAAACUACCUGAAUUUAGAAAACGGUUCGAGUGGAUCAUGCAGAACAAAAUCACAACCAGGGUGUCGUUCAUGGAUCCAUCCAGUGAAAGUCAGCGUCAUCGCUUGCUGUCUCUUCUAUCACGAGGAACUCUGACAAGAUUCUUACAAUACAUUCUCAACGAGGAAGAGUUCCUAUCUCCAUUUGGUAUCCGUUCUCUAUCCCGAUAUCAUCAAGACAAUCCUGUUCAGGCKAAAUGCACAGUACCACCAAAAGAGAAUCCUGAGGAAAGGAGGGAAGUGACAUGGUUCGAGGCUCGUUACAAUCCUGAGGAGUCAGCGACAAACACCAAUCACCAAGGACCUGUCAUAAUGCUUAUGAAUUACAUGAUCAUAGAUGCACUCGAAAAGUACGACUUUUUUUACGGYGAUACUUUCAAGGUUGAUUUCCCAUCAUUCUCUGGGARCCGCAUGCGUCUUGGUGACAUUGCCAUGGAACUAUCUCACCGUCUGACGUCGCUGUUUCUUCCUAAUGAGCAUGGCCGUCGACCUUGUCAUGGCGGUAACGAGAAGUACGCUUACGACGUGUACUGGAAUCAGUUAUUGCAGUCAUAUGAGUAUUUUAAUGCAGAMAGUGGUCUUGGUUAUGGAGCCAGCCAUUAUGUUGGCAGUUCCAUCCUUGCAUCUCUUCUGCUUUACAAGCUAAACUCAACGAGCACGUAAAACUCCAAGACCAGCAUUCUUCAUCAAAUUCUGAAUGAAUUUACACACAAGAUGUGGAAUGYCUCCAUCCAGCACGUGCUGUCGYUAUGACGUAAAACAGUUAUAGUAUAAACGAGUAGUUUAUUGAAUAAAUGAAUAGAGAUUAAGUCGAAUUAAGAUACAGAGAAAAUAAUGUUGGAAAAACGAUAUUUUAUCUUAAUAACGACGAUUUAAAGUUCUUAUCUUUGAUGAUUUAAAAGACGUGUAUUACAGGACGUUUUAUAAUUUUUUUUUUAUAAAAUAAACAGGUUUUUAUCUUA